AUGAGAAAAUUAUAUUUGAAUACAUUUUGCUUACUGGUAUUACUUUAUACAAGCAAAGUUAUUUGCUAUGUUGAACUUAGAGAUGAACCUAACUAACCCACACCUGUACCUUUGCAUACAAUAAAUAUGGAUCUACCAUUUAAGGAUAGAUGGAGAGAUGUUAUUUCAAUAUAUAAACCUGCUAUUUAAAGCUUUUUCAAUUAUGUUGAUAAAGCUGGAGUUGUCAGUAAAUUAUCUAGAGGAUUAGCUUUUUUCGGUAGCCAUUUUUAUCAUGACCAAGAAUUUAUCGAAGAAGUUAGAGCUAUAGCAGAAUUAGCUGAAGUUGAUUUUGGGAUGGCUCUCUCUCUAAACUGGCUUAAUGAACUAUCAACUAUCCUAGCUUGCACUAGUAUUGUUGCAAGAAACUCAGAAAAUAGAAUUAUUCAUGCUCGUAAUUUGGACUUUGGUUUUACUAAUUAUUUACCUUAAAUGAUGGCAUCAGUCACUUUUAUUAAAAAUGGAUAACCUGUUUACUAAUCUGAUAUGAUAAUGGGUACCUUAAUUAUAGCUAGUGGAAUAAGAUUUAAUGGAUUUGGUAUAACAUUAAAUGAUAGAUUUAAAGGUGGAUCAUGGAAUUUAUAUUAUCUUUUAAUUGCACAAUAUACUCCUCCAUGUUACUUGAUUCAUUAAGUUCUUCGUGAAAAAUAGACUUAUCAAGAAGCUCUUGAAGCUCUGAGCAAAACAAAGAUUGCUACCAAUACUUAUUUUAUUCUUAGUGGAUUACAAGGAAAUGAAGGAGCUGUAAUAGAAAGAAAUAGAGCUGAUUCUCAUGCUAUUUAUUACUUAACUGAACAAAAUUGGUUCCUUGUUUAAACAAACUACGAUAGAGAUAUUCCUGACCCUGAAAAUGAUCCUAGAAGAACAGUAGCUGAAGAAAGAAUGGAAGAAUUACCUGCUAAUUUCAAUGAAGCUAAUAUCUUCGAUGUAUUAGAUAAAUACCCUAAUUUAAAUUCUUCAACUCUUACAACUGAUAUAAUGUGUCCAAAAACAAAUUAUUACAAUGCUUAAAAAUGGUAUUGA